ACACGCCGACCGGCAUUGGUCUGUGCAAAAGGUUCUCCUACACUCCUGUGCGUCUCUCUAGUACACCGCAGUGGGAAAAACAAAACUACAACAUUACUGUACGCAAAACAACAAACUCCAGAACAAAAAAAAAAAAGAAAGACCCUUUUUUGUGUGUGGAGCCUACCAAAUUCUAGUGGUUCGUGACUUGAAGGAUUUCACGACAGCAAUUCGAAUAGUUCAAAAGACAGUCUUGGUGGUUUUCGUUCUCUUCACCUCGGCAGGAUGAAGAUGGACUGAAGAUUGACACGAACUGUUUCGUGAUGUGAAUUGGUAUCGAUCCGACCGAGUGCUUCCAUACGUGUGUGUAUGUGUGUGACGUUUGUUCAACCUCCCCCUCACUCAGCAACAACAAAAACAACAACAGCAGCAAAAAAAAAUCAUUGAUUCUGCAGUAGAGGAGAAAAACGCACAACAGGGGAGGGCGAAAUUGUUGUGCUCGCGUGUAUACCGGGAAUUUCCCCCUCUUCGAUCAGCUGAUAGUGACGUCAUCAUCCAAACAUCAACAAACACUUGGUCGUGUUGCUCAUCGGGAUCAUUUUUAGUGGCCAUCGGCGUCCGUCAGAGUGUGUCGACUAUCUUUUGCGAAUGAGUGGAUACGGCGUGAUUCUGAACGGCGGAACGGCCGAGAAUUUCUCUUUAGGCACAGUGGAAGGUCAUCAGGAUUCAGCGGGAGUGACAUACGAUGAAUGGGAACCGGAGGAUUUGGUGGCCACCGUACAGUUCUUGGCAACAUUGGACGACCGGCUGCCGCACAGUGCGUACGUUAUCCCCAGCAACAGCGCCGAAGAAGCCGAGGGCCUCGUCGUGCUUUCACCCUUCUGUAAUAACAAUUCGACAGCAGUAGAGGAAGAUGACGAAGCAGAUGUAAAUCUCGUUGGAACGAUGAAUACGACGUCCUCUUCCGUCGAGGAGGCCAACGAACCUUUGCUUUCCAGCACCACCCUCCUGGGCGAUGCUUCCGCUCCCUCCGCUGCGUUGAGCGACAUCACCGCAGAGGAGAAUUCCGUUUCUUCUGCCGCCCAGACUCCUUCCUCCAUAGAGGAAAGAUCAAUCAUCCGGACCUCCAACAAGCCAACCCAUCUGAAAAGGGUUUCGUUUGGAAGCACAAAAGGAUCGAUGGUAGAAACGCUGAUCUACGAGAGUCCACAAACAGAGGAGGGACCCUCUGCGACGUCAGCCGGUUGGAGUAAAACCAACAUAAGCAAGGGCAAGAAUUUGCGAUCAGUCAUUGGUGCUGUGCCUGAAUCUCUACCGGAAGAGACUGUCGCAUUACUCAGUGAAUCGUCUCGGUCGGCCUCCAAAGUCCGAGUUACGUACUUUGAAUCUAAACGACCCCUGACGCUACCAUCGCCGGAAGCGUCGGAUGCGGAGUGGGACGACAUGGCCGAACCACCGCCGCAGCAACAACAACUCAAUUACACCCGACAACCCAGCACGGAAUCGGGACAGGACAAUCCAUUCCGGCCGGAUGGCGAUCUAAGUCGCGAAGCGGACGAGCUCGUAGAACUGCUGAAAGGCGGGCGGGUUUCCAUCUCUGAAGUGCUGAAAAAUAAAGAUGGCAGCCAUCAGCCAGAACCGACCUUUAUUGACGAACAACAGCCGACUUCUGAAGAGGCUGUCCAGGUGAGCGGAUCACCAGCACCACGGAAUACGUCUACUCCUUCAUCUCCGGCCAGCAAAGCUGAGUCUCCAGACGGCGGAAGAAUCAACGGCAAUUUAACCGAACAGGAGAAGAAGGCUGCAGAGGCGGCCGAAGGCGGUGCGGUCGAAGUCCAGCGUGGAGUUGUGGCUCCCGUAACCGGCGAGAGUCAAGUCGAACACGUUGUGAUCAAGAAGAAAUCCAAGUGUCAGUGUUGCGUCAUUCAGUGAUGAUCACCGAUGUUCUGUGCUGAUAAACUGCCGCGGCCGUCUCUCCUAUCGCCGCAUCAGUUGGACUCUUUUUCUUGUUUGAUUUUCCUUUUUUUUUUUAUCUUUUUUUUUUCCUGCCUCUCAAGACUUCUGACGCGGUUGACGCCCAAUUAUAGGAUGUGAAGACGCCCUCUCUCCUGUUCUGUCUGUCUUCUAGAUCCAUAAUAUUCUGUUUUAUUAUUUAUUAUUAUUAUUAUUUUUUUUUUUGUAUUUU